UCGAAGAAAAUUAGUUUAUUUUACGUUCUUGUUCUUUUUGUGUUAGCUUUUACUGUCUUUAACAGCACUGUAAUAUGUAUUUGUGUAGUCAAUUAAUUGUAAAUCUCAAUUAGCAAAAAACGAAUGAAUAUAUUUUUGUGCAUAUCAGUUACUUAUUUUCUGACUUUUUCGUUACUUUUGACUUACCUUUUAGUUCAAAAUUGCCGUAUGGAGUUUGAUAUAUAUGAUAUUAGCAGACUAAAUAUUAUAGAUUAUCAGAUUGCUCUGUUAGCCCUAAGUUAAAAAGAGGUGUUUUUUAGCUGCUUGCCAGAUUUUUCUGGGUAGAAAUGGUUUGAUUAUGGCAAUUUAUUUGUAUAAUCUCAUCAAUUUUACACAAAAUUGGAAUUUCUUUUUUCCAACUUGUAUUGCUUGUGUUGUUUGUUCUGAAGCCGAUUUGUCAUUAGGAGCGUUAUUAGUUUCAUAAUCAACGAAUACAUGGCUGAUCAGAUGGGAAAGGUGGUAACAUCUUUUGAGUAUGAGCUCUUUGAAGGAGAUCCUGAUCACCUCAGAACUGUUGUGGCUACGCCUACUCCAGUUGGUCCAUGGAUUGAUCCUGCCUCAUUGAAACUUAAGUACAGAGUUGGCCGAGGCCCUUUUGGUGAUGUUUCAUUAGCUACUCAUCACCAGUCAUCUCUGGAUUUUGAUGAAUUUCAUGAACUGGCUGUUAAGGUGUUACACCCAUUGGACAUGGACCACACACAGAAGUUUCUGGAUAAGUUUGAAGUGCUAUUUUUUAAGUGCCGAGAGUUCCGCAGUGUUUGUUGGUUGCAUGGUAUUUCAAUUGUUGAUGGAAAGAUUUGCAUUGCUAUGAAAGUUUAUGAGGGAUCAGUGGGUGAUAGAGUAGCUCGGGUCAAGGGUGGCAAGCUUCAGAUUUCUAGUGCUUUAAGGUAUGGAAUAGGGCUAGCAAAAGGAAUUUUAGAAUUGCAUUCAAUCGGGACUCUGGUACUAAACCUAAAGCCUUCUAAUAUUCUUCUAAAUGAAAAUGAUGAAGCCGUUUUGGGAGAUUUUGGGAUCCCAUAUCUGCUUCUUGGAAUCCCACUAUCUAGUCCGGAUAUGGUUCUUAGACUUGGAACUCCAAAUUACAUGGCCCCAGAACAGUGGGAACCAGAAGUGAGAGGUCCUAUAUCUUUUGAGACAGAUUCAUGGGGAUUUGGCUGUUGCUUUGUUGAGAUGUUGACUGGUGUUCCACCGUGGUUUGGAAAGUCAUAUGAAGAAAUAUAUUAUUCUGUUGUGAUCAAGCAAGAAAAGCCUCAGAUUCCAAGUGGUUUGCCUCCUGCUAUUGGGAAUGUCAUCAGUGGGUGCUUUGAGUAUGAUCUUCGCAAUCGACCUUUAAUAGCUGAUAUAUUACAUGCGUUGGAAAGCUCACAGAAUGCUAUUGACAGUGAAGAAGAAUGGUUUGGUUCCCGAACCAGUUCACUUGUAGGACGAUCAAGUUCUGGUGGUCACACUGCAUGGUAUCUUUCAAAAGAUCAUCUUCUAGUUGGUGAUACUGUUCGCUCAAGGAAGCCACUGAAUGCAUGCAGACCUCAGACCAUGGAUGUCCCUGAAGGCACUGUUGUUAGUCUGGAUAGCAACUCUGAUAGAGAUGAUUUUGUUCUGGUGAAGAUCCCUGGAGUUCGGAACCCUGUUAGAGUACUCAUCUCGACAAUUGAGAGGGUAACAUCUAGCUUUACCAGGGGUGAUUGGGUGCACUUGAGGGUAUUCCCUGGAAAACACUCUUCUGUUGGAGUUCUUCAUUCUAUACAGCGAGAUGGAAGUGUUACUGCUGGAUUUAUUGGUUUAGAGUUUCUUUGGAGAGGGCAUUUAUCUGAUCUCGAAAUAGCUAGUGGUUUCUACAUUGGACAGUUUGUGAGGCUAAAGGAAAAUAUCCGUGCUCCCCGAUUUGAAUGGCCUCGGAAGAGUGGAGGAGCCUUUGCAACUGGCAGGAUCUCCCAAGUCCUUCCAAAUGGCUGCCUUGUUGUGAUGUUUCCUGGAAGGUUUGUGUUUGGAGAUAAACAUAGUAGUUUCUUGGCAGAUCCAGCUGAAGUGGAACAAGUGUCCUUUGAUACUUGUCCUGGGGUAGUACAGAAGUAUCAACAUAUCGAGGAUUUUCACUGGGCAGUGAGGCCACUGGCGAUUGCAUUCGGUUUGCUUGCAGCCAUGAAGUUCAGCUUAUUCAUUGGACGAGGUGUCAGCUCAAAGCUGAGGAAGGAGCGUAAAAGCUCGACUCGAUCCAAUGAUAUUUAUCAGGACAGCCAAUCUGGAAGCACUGCAGCUUGGCUUCCACCUCCAGUUGCAAAUAUUCUCUUCAAAGAAGGUGUUCCUCCAGCUACGGCCAGGUAAUUUGUCAAACACCUUGCUUUAGGCCAUUCAGGUGCGAAACCUACCAAAGAUUUCAACCCUUUGGCAUUGACUUCAAGGUCAUGUAUUUACUUAUGUUGUAACGCCAACAGGCCAAAAAAAUAGUAGUGUAUAUAAUUAAUCUCCACUGUUUAUAACCGUAGAUUUGCAAAAACACAUUGUAUAUGAUGUGUUACAAUUGCAAGCCGAUUCACCUGGCACUGUAUAAAAUAUCACUUUUUAAAUUUUUUUUUUAUCAAAGUGUUUAUACGGUCUUGGCUAGGCA